UGAAAACAUGGCAGGGACAAUAAACCAAAGUGAUGUCCAAAUGCAGCAAAAAGAAGAUGGAGAUGACGACGAGCGGUCUAUGUCCAGAUCUGACAGCGGCAGUGGUGAGGAUUCCCUUGAUGGGCUUCUGAGGCAUCGAUGUCCCCUGACCCCCUCAAUUUCUCCACGAAAGCGGACUACCAGUCAGAGCAAAACCGAACCACCUCUCCUGAGGACUAAUAAGAGGACAAUCUACACAGCAGGCCGCCCACCCUGGUACAAUGUCACAGGGACCACGUUCAAAGAGGCUUUUGUUAUUGGUUUGUGUGGCGGCAGUGCCUCUGGGAAAACCACAGUGGCCAAUAAGAUCAUUGAGGCUCUGGAUGUACCGUGGGUGGUACUUCUCUCUAUGGAUUCUUUCUAUAAGGUGUUGACCAAAGAGGAGCAGGAGCUGGCAGCCAGGAACGAGUACAACUUUGAUCACCCCGAUGCCUUUGACUUUGAGCUCCUGGUGACUGUCCUGAGGAAACUAAAGAAGGGCAAAAGCAUCAAAGUGCCCGUGUACGACUUCACCUCCCAUUCCCGUCGCAAGGAAUGGAAAACAGUCUAUGGGGCCAAUGUAGUGAUAUUUGAGGGAAUCCUAGCAUUUGCCAAUAAGGACCUUUUGAAGCUGCUGGACAUGAAAGUGUUUGUGGACACUGACUCGGACAUCCGGCUGGUCCGUCGCCUGAAGAGGGACAUCACAGAACGAGGGCGCGACAUCACUGGUGUCAUCAAGCAAUACAAUAAGUUCGUCAAGCCAGCGUUUGAACAGUACAUAGAACCAACAGUCCAGGUCGCAGACAUUGUGGUUCCAAGAGGUGGAGAGAACUUUGUAGCUUUGGAUCUGAUUGUCCAACAUGUCCAUAGUCAACUUGAGAAGAGGAAGCUCCGCUGGGAUAUGUCCGCCUUGGCAUCUGCCCAUCAGGGCCAGCCCUUGCCCAAGACCCUGAGCGUUAUGGAGAGCACCCCGCAGGUUCGAGGCAUGCACACAAUCAUCAGGAACAAGGAGACGAACCGAGAUGAGUUUAUUUUUUACUCCAAGAGAUUAAUGAGGCUCCUCAUUGAGCAUGCACUCUCCUUCCUGCCACUGAAGCCAGUGUCUGUUGAGACCCCCCAAGGGACCAUAUAUGAAGGGAAAAGACUAAGUGGUAAAAGGAUCUCUGGGGUGUCAAUUUUGCGUGCAGGAGAGACUAUGGAACAGGCCUUGAUGGCAGUGUGCAAAGACAUUCGAUUGGGAAAGAUUCUCAUCCAGACUAAUCAUGACACUGGAGAGCCUGAGCUCCAUUAUCUUCGUUUGCCAAAGGACAUCAGUGAGGACUAUGUGAUCCUGAUGGACAGCACAGUGUCCACAGGGGCUGCUGCUCUCAUGGCUAUUCGAGUCUUACUCGACCAUGAUGUUCAAGAGGACAAGAUCUUCCUGCUGUCUCUGCUCAUGGCCGAGAUGGGCGUCCACUCAGUGGCAUAUGCCUUCCCCAAGGUGCGCAUCAUCACCACAGCCGUGGACAAGAAGGUCAACGAUGAGUUUCACAUCAUACCAGGCAUUGGUAACUUCGGAGACCGCUACUUUGGAACUGAUGCUCCUUCAGACUGGUAUGAAAGUGAUGAAGGGAUGGACUACUAAGACUCAGUUUGGGAAGUGUGUAAUGCUGGAUUUCUGGGUUGGGGGAGGGGCAUCCGAAAACCCUUAUUCUCUUGGGACGGUACCAGUGUCCAUUGUUCGUGUGUGGCUCUAUAUCUGCACACAUUCCCACUAUGAUGCACGUUCAGUGAUCAGAGUGUGUUCUGACCCAAAUGUCAAGAUAUUCCAUUCACCUGCAGUGCUGCUCAAAUUUCCUGUGUUGAUGGAGAAUAAGGUUAGUUUCAAGUCUUCUCUCCCAAGUAUGAAAUGUAAAACGGGCGUGUGUGGCUCCUGCAGUUCUUAAUUCCUUACUUGAAGGAUAAAAUGGCUCGGUCAACUUCUGGAGGUGCAUCAAUGAACAGGAGUGAGUUUUCAAUGAAUGAACUAAUAUUGUGUGCAGAGAAUGUUUGUGAACUGGAGUUAACUUUGAUAAUCUAGUGCAUAUGCUUGAAUUUUAGAGUAGGCAUGGUAUCAGGUAAAACCCUUGUAAUGGGGUAAAUAUUGGAACAUUUUUUGCAGGGUAUGUCUUUUUGUUGCUUGCUAGAGAAAAUUUGUGGUAGGUUUUAUUUCAUAUUGUUUCUUAAUAUGUGUGUUAAAGAACAUGCUGAAAAGGGAUUUCAAUGUCAUGUGACUUGAAUAUUAAAAAGAAAAGGAUGGUAUGGUAAAAUUCCAAAAAGAAAGUUGUUCCACUUAUAAUAGCUCUCAGGACCACUGAGAAGAAAUUUAGGUUUAUAGGAACUAUUCUUUGAUGCAAUUUUCAUGUUGAUAUACUUGAAUGACUCUAUUUAUAAAUGUAAAUGUAUUUAAUAUUUGUUGGCUGUGUUGCAGGAUAUUAAAAUAUUGCAGAUUAUUAGUUUUAAAUAGUGGGCAGAGUCUCUAAUCCAGACAAUACAUAAAGGAAUCCCUAAACUGUUAGCACUGUGCUGAAGUUAGGUAGGCAACUAUUCUUAAAAGUGCAAGCUCUCACUGUGAUCUGCUUUCACUUGGGCAUUCAGCUGUUUUGUACAUACUGUCAGUACAGUGUUUGGGCACUGCCGGUAAAUCUUGAGCAAAAGUCUUAACGGGUUAGCCUGGUUGUCGCAUUCAACUUUUAGUACAGCUGCUUCUUGUGGUUUUUGUGUGAACCUCUCCUGUAGUAAGGGUGCUGUAAGGCCCAUCUUAAAAGAUAUGAUGGGACAGGAAAAAGGGGGAGAUGCAAUAAUGCAUAACGCAUAAUUCCUAUAAAAUAAAGUAUUUAAAUUAAUGCAAAAAGAUACGCAAUUAGUAUACACCAAAACACACACCACUACAUACAUCUUGAAAUACAUAAAAUUAACACAUGGAAUAAUAUAUUUUUAAAAAACGAAAUUGCCCAUUGGAAAUAUGGCUGUUACAGCUAAGAUAUGAACUGCCAACAUGCCUGAGAGACUCAAGAAUCUGGGAUUUCUAUCUUGAAACUGAACUGAAACUGAAGAUUAUAAAUAUUGUGCAUAAAAUAUACAAAGGAGAAAGGGUGGAGCUUUUAGUUGGAAGAAUACCAUCCCAUCCUAAAAGGAUAGGGGAGAUGCCAAACAGCAUCCAUAGCCCAAAACAAGGUGAACACUCCUGAAUCUUUUGGAUUAUUGCAUAGUUAGCAAUCAUCAGGAAGCAGCCUGUGUGCCCUUAGGAGCGCAGUCAGGUAUGCUUUAAAGGAGCAUUCCAAUGACAUGUUCUUUAGGUUUCUUUAGUGAUGCUUGAAUAUUUGAGGGAGGCAUUAGCAAGAGAGAAACCUUCCUGUUGUCCUUUUUAAGGGAUUUAUUGUUUUAGUGUUUUCUGGAAUAAAUGUUGACACAAGGGCCUAUUCAACAUAAUGAUGAAAUUAAAAUGUAGUAAAUGGAUGAGAUGUCCACUUUGAUACCCUCAUCAUUGAUUACAUGGGGUUUUCAUGAAAAUGACCAUAGACAAGGCAUUUACAGACUGCUUAAUGUGUCGAAGUAAAAACUGGCCCCAGAAGUUUAGGUUCAAAGGUUACAUAUUAGUCUGAUGUGAAAAACAAAUUGACUAAAACACAUUGUGUGCUUUAUGUAGUAGGCUCCAGCCUUUAUAAAUUUGUUGGGCUUGUUUUUUCUUAUUAUACUGCUAUAUUAUUUUGUUCACUUUAUGCUCAGUGCUUUGUUAAAAUGUUAUGCACUUAAUGGCAUAAUUACAGACUCUACUUUUAAACUUGGGAGAUUUACUGAUUUCUUCCUUUCUUUAUGGGUUUACACAUUUUUCUUCCAUAGCCAUCACUGUCCAAUUUCAGCAUUUUUUAUACUACUUUGCAUGUUUUAAACUGCUCUCAAAAUCCAUUACAGUGAUCUUGAGCAUUGUUAUUGUGUCUGUAAGUGCAAUAAAGCAUAAUGAGCCUGA